UUCGAACUAGCGCGUAGUAGAGGGAUCAUUUCUUUCCUCCUGUUCAAAAGCCUCGGAGUCGAGCCAGCCUUCUUCGUUCAUUCUACUUUGUAGGUCGGAGAGUAACACGGAUUGUGGGUAGCAUUGGUUGGAAGUCGAUCCAUCACGGACAAGAAACACAUCAGGUGUGUUGUCCUAGAGGAACACGACGUACAGUCGCUCGUUGGAACGGGGAUCGAGCAAUUGCACGGUUGUCAUGGCGACCUGGCUUCGAAAGUGCAUCUCUACUGCUCUAUUAGUGAGUGCACUUUGCAUACACGAGUACGCAGUAGUGACAGGGGCUGCUGCUGUUGAAUGCAAGUUUGAACAUGAAGACUACUGCAAGUGCAAGCUGCCAGAUGGACAUGAGUUGGACUUGACGCCACUCAAGGAUAUCCCCGCGUUUCUAGAUCCAACGGCUGCGUACACGUGGAGUCCGUGCGGUGAUGUCCUGGACUUUCCCGGCACGGCUUGCUCAGCUGGUGUGGCGGCUUGUCAGUUCGCAGACUCCAAUCGCUACAGCAUUGGAACCAUAGCUAGUGUGAGCGUGGUGAUGGAUGAUUCUCGCAACCCAAUCACAUUCAACCUGUCCUACACGGGAGGAACAGAGGACAGGCAAGCUCUCAUCCAAGCGUUCUGCACGGAUGUGUUUCCCGGGAGCCUUAGCUUUGAAAAGGAGGAACCUCAACUCACAUACAAUCUUAUGCUGGCUAGCAGCACAGUCUGUAAAGUCACUGUAGUCACUUCGCCUAUUUCCGGUGGCUCCAUUGUCCUCAUUGUAUUCUUUGCUUCGCUAUUCCUCUACCUAUCCAUCGGCGUAAUCUACAUGCACGCGGCUAAGGAAGCUGUAGGCAUGCAGAAAAUUCCAAAUUACGCCUUUUGGAGCACACUGCCCGGUUAUAUCAAGGCCGGCCUAGGCUUGAUCUUCCCAUGCUGCGGUAGCACAAGCAAGGAAGGUUACUCAGACAUAGACGGAAAGUGAUCUGGUGAAGGGUGGUCACAAGAACUGCAGAGGAUUCGCCAAACGGCCGUGCCGUCCAGCUUGUGUCGACGGCAACACUAAAGAACGUACUAACCCUUCCACCGGUAUUUUUUCUUGUCUCGUUUACAGUUUAAAAUUGUGCGAGAGUUUACGGUAAACCCGGGGAAAUUCAGUAAAAUUUCGUGGCUGAUGUGCUGGCAACGGUACUGAAUUUUCAAUAUUUAAUCUUCAAUUCUGGCCAACUUACUAGAAACCUGUGUUGAUUGCAUACAGUCGUGUUGCCUGUUGCUAUACUAGCUAUGGAGUAGAAACUCCGACAUGUUUAUCAUUCCAAUAAACCUGCUGAAAGUAUAUUUUGUGCGGGUUUUGAGAUUUUUACGUGCUAUCCCUGGUGACAGAAAUGGAUCUGCUCUCUAUCGGCAUUUUUUUAAGCACAGUGCAUGCAGUCAAAGCGGCGUUGAGCUUUACUGAAAUAAUAUAUUAUUAUACAUGUGUGCGGAGCAUUUCUUUGUUGCUACCUUUGCUCUGUGAUGUCGGCUAUACGGUGCGGAAGUUGGCAAACAAGUUUUUUGGCAUAUCCCUUUA